CCCCCCCCCGGCCGUCGGUGAGGCUGCGCCAACAUGGCGGCGGCGAUGGCGGCGGCCGCGCUGAGGCGGCUCGUGUGGGGGGCGAGGCCCGGGCCAGCGCGGGCGGCCGACAGGUCGCUGACCACUUCCACAUGGCUGCUGGCGGAAGACCAAGCUCGAGACACGCAACUCAUCACGGUGGAUGAAAAAUUGGAUAUCACUUCUUUAACCGGCGUUCCAGAGGAGCACAUCAAAACGAGGAAAGUUCAGAUUUUUGUUCCGGCACGCAAUAACAUGCAGUCCGGGGUAAACAACACCAAGAAAUGGAAGAUGGAGUUCGAUACACGAGAGCGCUGGGAAAACCCUCUGAUGGGGUGGGCGUCCACAGCUGAUCCUUUAUCCAACAUGACUCUGUUCUUCAAGACUAAGGAAGAAGCGGUUGCUUUUGCCGAAAAAAACGGGCGGAUCAGAAGACCGCUUCCAGCCUAUGCCUUGGACCCUCUCGUAAUACAGGAUUAUAGUCUCGCUGCCCCUCCGAAGCAAUCAAUUACUAAAUCCGGAUUGUAUUUCCAGUAUGUUGACAUUUCCCGAUGAUGAAUGAGCUUUUCACACUUGGCGCGCAUUGUCUUCGUGAAGUAUAGGCUUCAACAUGCUCUGUUUUUUUCUGUUGUGUUUUUGGUUUUUUUUAAACUCUUAGGCU